AUGAAUAACUUAUCCAACUGGACCAAUGGCAUAGAAGGUGAUAGAAACCAAGGAUAUGUGAAGGACACGAACAGGGAUGUACCACUCGGAAAUCCUACCUAUGAAUGCAGAAUGAAAGAGCUGCAGACAUUAGGGUGUUACAGUGAGGUUACUAAUCUGGGGGAAGCGGCUAGUUUAUAUAUGCAAGCCGGCGAAAACAGAUCUGCGACAAAAUCAACCCAGUCGAAUGUUAGCCUGGGCAAAGAAACACCCAUGUGUGAACAGGUGAAUGCAAACAGUGACAUUCCCCUUGAGAGGCACGACUCGUGUGUCAAUACUUUGGCGAACUCGGCGUUAAGUGGGAUAGAAGACCCUCCCCAAAAUGUUGAACCAAAUGAGGGUGACGUAGGCACCCAUGGAGGAGCAAAUGAACGAGGAAGUGACCCAGGAAGUGGUCAAGGGAGUGGCGAACGAACUGAAUACCAAAAUGGACUUAUGAAGGGCCACACGGGCAAACAUACAAAUGACAGGGGAGUUGACUCGGGCGAGGCCGCCCCCCCAGUGAAAGGCCAGGAAUCCGUCGAAAUGAACAAAAAUAAUUUGGACCUCGGACAAAACGAAGAACUGGGGAGCCAAACGAGCAGCCAUCUCCCCAUCGAAGAGAAACAAGCAAAUGGGCGUGCCAAAUGGAGCCUCCAAGAGGAGCAGAACAAAACAACAGAGGAAGUUACUCAACACACGCAGAGAGAAAAUAAUGAUUUAGAAAGAAGCCAUUCGAGCGAUGUCAAUGAUUAUACACUUUUUGGACAACAAGAAAGGGAUGCAGUAGAGGUGGAAUGUAUGAAGAAUGGGCAUGUCAAAGGUCAAACCUCUCUAAGGGAAGAUCAACGUGGUGAUUAUUGCGAUGCUGAUAAGGCAAAUUUACCGCCCAUUCAGGAGCCAAACGCAUUGAUCAGUUCGGGUAAUGAAUACGAACAUGCUCAGGUAAAUACAUUCAGCAGUGACUCCAAGGAAACAGACGGAGAAGGCGAGGAAGUGAGACCCACUUCUAAAGAUAACUCGAAUGAUGGACUCGCAAACAAAUUAACAAGUGCAUCACCAGAGGAGGAAAAAAAAAAAAAGGAAAAUUUAAACAUAGAGGAGGAGCAAAAUGAAAAAUGUAAAAAUCAGGACGAGGUGCUACAGAAGGGAAAUGAACCAACAGUUAGCGCCCCCUCUGAUGAAGCAAUAAAUUCUACAAGCUCAGGCAAUGCUGUGAGUAGAAGUCGUGACAGCGUGGGAGGCAGCGAAAGUGCUGCGAACCAAAUCGAAAUAGAUGGUUACACAUGGAUCAAUCGUGAAAUAACUAAAAAUGAAUACAAAAAAAAAAAAGACAUUACAGAAGUAGGAGAUGAUUCCCAUUUAAGUAACGCCAAAAAAAAAAGUACUUUUUCUAGCCCCGUUAAUAAUACCAUAACGUGUGACCACCAGUUGGGUACAAACUGUGAUGAUGUCGAAUUGGGGGGAAGCAAAAUGAGCACUCCCCCGUGCGGUACACUAGGGUUUCAUGUGGCACAGGCCGAUGUGGAAGGAUCCUACAAGCUAAAUAUAAAUGCAUGUGCGUCCGUGCCAUCUAGCGAAUUGAUAGCUGCGCGCGGAACCGAAGGUGUGCCCCGUGAGGAAGUCACUACAGGAAGCGAAACACCAAACGAUGCUUUACAGCCAUGCGACAUUGCGCACCCAGGCGGCAUUGCCAUUCCAAACGGGACCACCGUUUGUGCAAACGCCCUACCUAAUGCGUGUACUACUUUUAACGCACCAGAAAAUAGAAGUGAGAAAAUGCAGGAUCUUGCAGGACGAGCAAACCCUGACACAAUGCCUACCUCGCUGGACGCUAAAAUGGAUUCUAUUCCGCGAGAAACGCAUGAAGAAUGUGAAAUAUCCCCACCGAAUGAGGUCGCUCAUGCGCAUGCACCCUUGACAAAAUUGCCAUGCGCACCUCCUGACGUGCGUGACGCUGAACUGGAAUUGCAGAGAGAGGAAAAGGACGGAAAAGAUGGAGAAGAUGAAACAAACAUAGGUAGAAGCACAAAUGCAGAAAAAUUAAGCAGCCAUACAAUUGAAAGCAACCUUGAAAGCGAAAAUAAAGCGAAGUGCAAAAUAGCUAUAGAACGCCAAAUAGCUGUAGAACACGAAAUAGCGGUGGAACGCGAAAUAGAUGUAGAGCACGAAAUAACUAUAGAGGGUGAAAAAAAAACGGAAAACAUUAGAAGCGAAAACUACCCCAAUUGGGGAAAGAACCAGGGAAGCGAAAAAAUCGCGUCCAGUCAGAGAAACUCCAAAGGCCAAAAAGGCACACCGAGAGCGGAAACCGCACAAACCGCGCAAGUCCCACUUCACACACCAAUGGAGCAGACCGCGCCAAACUCCGCCGCGAGUUCUCCCCCAGUUAGGAGCAGCAUAAGCUUCAACGAAGUGCCGCUGAGAAACCUAAACCAGGGCCUGAACCAUAAGCAGAUACGGAGGCAGAAUUCGAAGCAAUUUCCCUCGCAACACACAAAGCCGUACCCGUCCGACAAUCAACCUUUAGCCAUGGACCAAGGGACAAAGAACUUUUCUACAAACCAUCGCAACUGUGUCCAACCGGUAGGAGUCAACAACUUGCAGAAGAAUCCCCAUAUGGAAAAUCUAAAAAACGGUGCUACCAUAGACGAUCACAUGGACAUGUGCACAUUACCUUUAGAGACCCAAGGAGAGGAGCUGAGGGAACAGCUGUCCUAUGGAACCAAUGGAAUCACGAAUGGUGACCUGGCUCGGGCGAAUCAUCUAAACAGUGCAAACAACGGAACUGGCCGACGUAGUGGAAGCGGUGUAAAUGGCGUAAACAGCGUGAGCGACCAGGGCGUGGCCAACUUCAUCAACGCCGAACAGCUGGAGAAUUACCUAAAUGAGAAAAUGAAGAUGGGCAAUCCCGUGCACAGAGAAGUGCCAGUAGAUACAAUCCCCAAGCAAAUAAUGAAGAAAAAAAUAAGUCAAGAUACCACCUUUCAGGACAAUGACAACGAUCACAUCGAAUAUAAGAACAACGAAAUGCUGAUGAGAAAAGUUAGUCAAGAUACGAUCGUUAAUGAUAUGAUGGAAGACAACAACAUGUCUUUGGAAAGGAACAAAGAAAUGAUUUUUAAAAAAAUAACCCAAGAGGUAGCUAGCAGCACUAUCCAUAAGCCAAACUUUGGUCACGUGAAUAAUGAUCACUUGGUGAAAAAAAGAAGUCUGGACACUACCAUGAGCUGCAUGAAGAUCGAGAAUAUGGGAAGUAUGGGUAAGGACAUUAUCCUCCACAAGCUCAGCGAGCACGGGGCUGUGGGAGAAUUGCUUGGCGAGAUGAACGGGAUCAGCGAGAUGAACGGCAUGAAUGGGGUUGGUGUGGGGGGGGGCAUGGACAACAUGGCUCGCAUGAAUGGCAGAAGCGGCGUGCACCACGUGGACGACUCGAACGAAGAAAACACGCGCCACGACCUGUAUCGCCACCACCACGUCCUGUACAACCAAAGCCCGCAGAGCGAGAUUAAUGAUCGCAAUUUUAAAGAAGAAAUGAACCUGCAAAGCAUGAUGGGUUUCCACGAUCACCAAAGUGUAAUUAGCUGCGCACAUGACGAUAGCCCGGGGAACCACUGCGAGGUAAGCGACGCAUAUAACAGGGUCCUGGACAACCACACUAUACAGAGCAACACCAAAGAGGCAGACCUCUGCAGUAACGUCGAUUUCACAGAUGAUAAGUACAAUCAGUGGUUCGACACCAUUUACACAGUGUGCGUAAAAUUGGACGACCUCUGCUGUAAGUUGAAUUCGGAUUAUCCUCACUCCAUGCACAUAUGGGAGAGUAAUGGCAACCCCAGCGUGUACGAUUUGAAAAGUGCAUUUCAGAACAGAAACAAGUUGAAAAUAUUUUCGCAUAGUAAUCAAGUGGAAAAAGUUGCUGGUGGGGUCGAUGCAACUGUUCCAACGACCAUUUAUAACGACCUAAACAGCAGUGACAACAGCGUUAAUAGCAACUACAUGUAUGCAGUCACCCACGUGAGUAACAACAACCAAGGAGCGAUGAAAAAGCAGGAUCAGUUCGUGCAGGAUAACUUCGAAAAUGGUCUCCCUGAACAUGUAAAAAAUAAUUGCAAACAGGUUGGGCGCAUGUACGGAAUGAGCAACAUGAACAACAACAUCAACAGCAACAAUCAAUAUGGCAAAGAUUUGGCCCAUGUUUACUCAGCCUGUGACGAUCAUUUAAAGAGGAUCCAAACGAAGAGUGAGCAUGGAAAAGCUGGAAGGAAAAGGCAACAUGAGUAUGCUCUCCACAGGGAAAUGUACAACCAUGGGAAUAGCAGAGCCCUGCAGGAUGGUAGUACCCUCCUUUAUGACAGAGAAAAGAACGGCAUGAAGACCGACAUCGCAAUCUUACCUGGUGCGCUUUCGAAGGACGCUCUGGAAUUGCUGCAGGCGUACGGCAAAGCCGAUUCGCGAGUCAAUGACAAAUUCAAGGUGGAACUGUACAACGCGCCUCCUCAGUACGGCGGACACGGAGAUGGGAUGGACGGGGCAAACCACAACAACGGUUGCCACCGCGGCGCUGCCCCCUUCAGUAGCGGCAUCCCCACAGUUAUAAGCAACAACAGUAUUGACAUGGCCCUCCAAAACGGAGACUCCUUAUCCAUAGCCAAAAAAUUAAGCGCAAAUGGAUUAAUGCAAUACGUGAAGAAUGAAAACAAUGACGGAUUCAAAAACGCGAACGAUGCAUCAGCAAACACCACUAAGAGAAGAAAAGGAGGCAAAAGAAACACAAUCAAUAACAACAAGAGUGUGGAAAAAAAAAAUAUAAAAAAAUAUGGGACGGUCAGUAGAACCAAUACCAAAAUUAUAAAAAAUGAAAGCGAAUUUGAGUACCUCUUGGAGUUAUCCGAUAAAGAAGGGCCUAACCUAGAGAACCCCGAUGAUCUGAAAUGUGAUGUCGCAGGGGUCUAUUGGGACAAGAGGAGUUGGAUUGCCUCCUGGUAUGACAAUGGCAAGCGUUAUUAUAAAUCCUUCUCUGCAAAAACACAUGGUUUUUAUAAGUCAAAGUUCUGGGCAAUCAAAGUUAGACUCUCCAAAGUUAAAGGCCAAACCAUAUUUGGGAAGAAUUGCCGCAAGAAUAAGGACGACGAUGGGUGUAACACUGUUCAUAACGACCUCACCUUUAACAGCUCAAUUGUCAGUGAGAACAAUAACGUACUUCUUGGGAAUAUCUAG